AUGCGCCAAUGGUUUUUCACCCGUGUGUAUCUCCGGUGCAGCUGUCUGUGUGGGAUCGCACGCCCGAAGGACAAAGCAAUACUCAACCACGGUAUAAGGCAUCACCAGACACACAAACAACUACGGUGCAGCUCCGUGACCGUGUGGCUGACCUGACUCUCAAGGGCUAUGUGGUGAAGCUCUUCCCAUCCGAUGCGUUUGCGGACGCUGACACGUUCCUGAGACUGCAGGCACGUGUAGGGGUUGCUGUCUGCGUCAUCCGUGAUGGAGAGGUGUGUUAG